CAUUUCUCUUCAUUGUCACAUUCCACAUCCGAACCUGCAAAUCAAUUCACCUCCUCCGCUCCACACCGCCACCGCACGAUGGCGACGUCGAAGGCCAAGGUCAUGGCAAAGGCGACGGCGCCAUCACGCAUCCAUCAAUACACCCCCAUCACAGCCACCACCCCCAUUAUCCCCCAACAAAUCCCGGUCAACAAUAAUCCCGACCUUCGCCCCUUCUUCUCCCGCAUGACCGCCACCCUCCGCGAAUCUUUUGCACAACGCCGCCCAUGGUUCGAAAUCAUCGACCGUUCCAACUUCUCUCGGCCGGAAACCUUCUCGGAAGCGGUAUCUCGUGUUCGGAAAAACUUAUCUUACUUUCGUGUUAACUACUCCGCCAUCCUCGCCGUCUUCGUUGCAUUAUCUCUCCUUUCACAUCCCAUUUCUCUCUUCUUCUUUGUCGGCGUUGUAUGGGCGUGGCUUUACCUCUACCUUUUCCGAUCACCAGAUCAGCCUGUAGUCCUCUUUGAACACAAUUUCUCCGAUCGUCAAGCCCUUGGGAUCUUGAUCCUUUCCACGAUUCUUAUCGUAUUCUUGACUGGAUUGGGAUCGCUCAUAAUGUAUUCCUCAUUGAUUGGAUUAGGGAUGCUUUGUAUUCAUGGAGCAUUUAGGAUUCCGCAAGAAGUGUUUGUAGAAGAUCAGCAACCGGAUAUUGCCGCCGGAUUUCUUUCAUUUCUUACUGUGACCGCCGCAGCAGCCGUCGCUGCUGCCCCGCCGAUGCCACGCGCUCAGCCCAUGCCACGCGUUUGAUAAUCGGGAUGAAGUUUGAUGCACAUUUCUCAAUGUAAAUUUCCAUGUAUUGAUUUUGCAGGUGAUCAAGUAUAUAUGUUUUAUUUUUCUUUGAGAAUUUGUUGGGGGUUUUUCUUAAAACAAGAUUGAUAAUUUGAUCAAUAAUCAAAUGCUGCACAUGUGUUUUGUUGUUAGAA